AUGCUGCCUGUGCUGCUCCGGGGGCAGGGGCUUGCUGCAGGCACAGGCAAAGCCCCAAGCUGCUCCCUGCCUCUGAGCAGCACAGGUGGUGGCAGUGGCAGCUGGACCUGCAGGAAGGGUCUCUUUUCUUUACAGGCAUGUGGGUCCUCUCGAGAAGAUCAGAAGGUUAAAGCAGGGUCAGAGUCUCCUUGGAUAUUGGCAUAUGUACCCCUAAGAAGCUGCCACAGAGUCCUGACGGAUGAGCAUGGGGAGUUCUCUCCUCCAGCAUACCGCAGCGACUUCCCCCUAAACCUCUGGUGCAACUGGACCAUCUGGGCAGGCUCCAGGAAGCACAUCCUCAUCUACAUCCAGGGCUUCACCACCCAGGAGGGCUGCCACAGGAACGAUGACAAAAUCCUCUUCCAAGGCGUUUCCUCCCUGGUGGAAAGCAGCGUGGUCUAUGCCUGCUGGCACAAGGAGACCCACGUCUUUGCCACCUUGGCCCGGGCUGUCCACGUCGUGCUGCUGAAGAGGUCCCUCCCCAGCGGCAGAGAGGCACCGUUUAAAGGCAGGUACCACAUCUUCCAGGACCAGGAAGGGGAAGCUUCCUCCAAAGGGGAAGUGGCUUCUGGAACUCCUGCUCCAGAACUACCAGAGCAAGGUGGGAUUUUUGAGCCUGAAAACCUCACAGACGUGCUGGGCUCUGCCACCCCUCCUAGCCCUGCGGCACUUGGCCAGACCGUGGCACUGGGCUCUGCCGCCCCUCCUAGCCCUGCGGCACUUGGCCAGACCGUGGCACUGGGCUCUGCCGCCCCUCCUAGCCCUGCGGCACUUGGCCAGACCGUGGCACUGGGCUCUGCCGCCCCUCCUAGCCCUGCAGCACUUGGCCAGACCGUGGCACUGGGCUCUGCCGCCCCUCCUAGCCCUGCAGCACUUGGCCAGACCGUGGCACUGGGCUCUGCCGCCCCUCCUAGCCCCGCGGCACUUGGCCAGGGCACGAUGCUGAGCAGCGAGUGGAUGCGGCAGCGAGAGAUCCUGCCGGGUGCUGCGGCUGUAGGGAGCCCAGCUGAGAUUGCCCCAGUUGAACCUGUGAAGACCUCAGUCCUGGAAACCAAAGGUCCUUGCGUGCUGGGGUCUGAGCUGCCAGGGGUUCAGAGGAGCUGCCAGGCAGCGGGAGGCAGAGGAGCAGCUGCGCACAUCUCCCCCGGCACAGCGCAGGCCGGCUGUGGGCAGAGGCUGGCGGUGAGCGGGGGCACCGCCCCGGGCUCUGGUUGCAUGCACAGGCUUUCGAGUGAGCUCUUGGCAGCAACUUUGCCCGGUGCCCGGCGGGCAACAGAGCAGCUGUGGCAGCCAGCAGCGGGUCCGUCGGGCUGGCAGUCCGCCCUGCACCCGCCCCCGGGGCUGCAGGCUCCGGCUGAGCCGCGGGUCGCCGUGCAGCCCACCCGCACCAGCCGCCCGCCCGCGGCUGUGCCCUCACAGGCGCUGCUCCCGGGAGGGGGAGGCGGCAGCCAAGGGAGCACAGAUGCCACCAGGCAGCGGGGACCCGGCGCAGUCAGCUUAGAGAAGGAUGAAAGCCACCCCCAGCUGAGCACAGAUGGCAUGGCAAGCGGUGGCUCUGACGGCCUUGCGGAGGGCCUGGUGCCCAGUCUGAGCAGCCCCUGCGGAGUGGCACACGGGGACCACUGGCAUCUGCUUCCGUCAGGUUGCCAAAGCGCUGUCGAGGCUUUGUCCAUGACUCAGCCUGGGCUGGGAACAAGUGGCCUCCAGCGCACGCAGCUGCUGAGCGCCUCCUUUGCAGAGGCUUUGAGGGUUGCUGCUGAGGAGAAAGCAGUGCUGCAUCCCACAAGACCGUGGCACAUCCUUCAAGGGCAUCCUCAUUGGCACAGCCAGAGCAGUCACAGCCUGCAGGCAGCCUCCACAGACCCCGGGAGCGGCCUCCAAAAUGCCCACAGUUGCCCAGCUGCUGAGAGAGCUCCGGGUGUGAAGAGCUGCCCCCACCAAAGUGCCAGAGCUGCGGGGCCAGGGCUGCAGAGCCCUCCCGCAGCCGUGCCCACCCUAGGGACAGGAGCGGUGCCUGCAGGGCUGCUGUCCUGCACAGAGCCUGUCCCUGCAGGCUUUGGCCCUACUGAUUUCAGCCUUCCUUCGUCAGCAGAGCCUGUGUCCAGCAGCAUCUCUUCUCCAACAGCAGUUUUGGAUUUGGACACUGUCGGCCUCAGGCUGAGGGCAGGCAUCUCCCUGGCUAGCCCAGGUGGCCAGGAGAUGAUCUCCCCUUCCCCACCUUGCCAUCUGCCAGCAGCCUCUGAAGCAGGCACAAACCAGCACCCUGGAUGCCUUGGUCCUGGGAUGCAAGAGCUGCUGGAGCAGGCAGGUGGCCAGCAAGGGGCAGCCUCCACUCUGGUGGACUCACAGGUUGGUGGUCCCUCCCCAGGCCCAAAGCCUGUUGUGAAUUUCCCUCAGCCUGAGGACCACAAGAGCAGUGGCUCUGGUGUGGCGCCAGCUUCCCUGCCUGGCACCUGGGGAGCGAGGCUUGUGGUGCCUGUGCAGCAUAGGGUCACAGCUGCUCAUGGCAGACAGACUUCUGCCUCUGUCCUUGGGGGGCUCAACAUGCAGGAAACCACAGAAGCUCCCCAGGUGGGCGCAGGAGAGCAGAGAAAUGCCUCUGCCAGUGCUGCUCCUGCACAGUCUGGUCCUCCUGUGGCCCAGCAGGGACAAAGAGUGUGGAGAAGUGAAGAGCCUCAGGAGCCCUCUGCUGAUCCUCAGAUGAACACCCAGGUGCCAGGAGGACAGCAACAAGAACGUGCUGAGCUGGGACCUCCCUGGGCAGUGCAGUACUCCCCCAUCAGGAGCUGCCACCUUGUCCUUCGGGAUGCCUCCGGGAUGUUUUCCCUGCCACCUCACGCUGACGCCAACACCAACAUCUGGUGCAACUGGACCAUCCUGGCGGGCCCCCAGCAGCAUGUUGUCAUCUACAUCCAGGGCUUCCAGGGCAGCGAGGACUGUGCCAAGAACCAGGACAAGAUAAUCUUCCAGGGGGUGUUGUCGAGGGUGGAAGCCCAAGUGGUGUACGCCUGCCACAGCCGCGGUACCCUGGUCUUUGCCACGCAAGCUGCCGCGCUCCGCGUCCUGCUCCUGGCGGGGAGGGCCUCCCUGCGCAGCCGCUAUGGGCACUUCAGAGGUCACUAUUAUGUCUUCAGAGACUCUGCCCUCUCAAGUGAUGCCAUGGCUCCCCAAGAGCCUGUCCAGGAGGUUUCCAAGGAAGAGAGAUGGAGGAUGGCAGGAGCAGAAGGUUUACUGCCUGUGUCGAGAGCGUGGCCAGGCUCAUGGCGUGCGGCUGCUGGCAGGCAGAUCCAGCCUGAGCCUGUCAGCCCCACCGAGGAGCCUCAGCACCCUUCUGAUCUCAUGGAAUCUGCUCAGCCUGCUAACCUGAGUGAGUGUGGUCAGCUGCAGGAUGAGACCGAGCUGGACAGGAGCCUCGAGGGUGGUGGCACUGAGGGCAGAGAGGCUGAAGGGGAUGUGGUGGCGGUGCCAGCUCGGCAAGAUGCUGGGCCUAAAGCUGAGCUGCCUGCUCUGGCAUCUGCUCUGCUGACUUCAUGCCACCCGGCCAGCGUCCCCUCCUCAGAGGUGCCUGGCACAUCAUCUAGCCUGGGUCAGGCCAGUGCCAGCCUGUGGGAUGAAGUGGCUGCUGCUGCACGCGGCACACAGACACCGGUGCUGGAAGAGGCUCUGCUGAGCAGGAGCACAGAAGCCACUCCUCUCUCCCCUUCUCCUGGUGUGACAGCUGGGGAUGGGACGUCUCCGGGAGAAGGACCUGAGGAGCUCUUUGAUCUGCUUUCUGCCCUGGCCUUGCUGGAGAACGGCACAGAGCUGCAAGCCCAGCACCACCCUGGAGAUGUGUUGUUUGAAGUUGCUGCUGAAAUCACACCCAAGCACUGGAUUCCUCAGGGCAGAAGCAGGCUCCAGAAAGGUCUCCUCAACUCUGUGAAGAGCCAUAUCCAGGAGAACCUGAAGCUUUCUGCCAGUAGGGUCAGUGAGAUCAAGCUAAAGGAGGUCAAAAGGACCAGCAGUGCCAACCUGCUGCUGAGCUUCUGGGUGCAGCUGAAGCCAGAGGAGAGGAACCUGCCCGUGCUGCUGCAGUCCCAGCUGGAGCAGCUGCUGAGCCUCUGGGCAGGAGCAGAGCAGCUGCAGCUGCUGUCGCUGCUGGUUGAAGACGUGGACGAAUGCAGCGCCGGGGCCAGCCUCUGCGGGGAGGAGGCAGAGUGCUUCAACGGCCUGGGCACCUACCUCUGCCGCUGCAAAGAGGGCUAUGAAGACCAUUCUCCCACCAAGGCUGGCACCUCCUGUGUCCCUGCUCCCCGAUCAGGGAUCGUUUUCCUCCAGCAUGCUGACAUGCUGGUCGGGGCAGCCAUCGUGGCUGCCCUGGCGAUGCUGGUAGCCGCUGGUGCCAUGUGCAGGGCGGGCAGGCAGAGGCGCAGCCGCAGGAGGCUCCCAAGCCCUGAGGAAGCCCCGGGCAGGGCUGCGGAGGAGCCGGCGAUAGAGCUGCAGGACCUGGGGCAGUGUCUGCGCCUCGACCCCUUCCAGCUGAAGCUGAGGGCCAGGACCCCCGAGUGGCUGUGGGGGGUCCGGAGCCCCUCUGCCCAGGCAUACCAGCUGUACCUGGAGCAGUCCACCCCACUCUGAGAGGGCAUGAGGGACCUUCUUCCAACCCUUCUGCCAGCCUGGCAACCUGCGAGGCGCCUCCUGCCUUCCUUGGCUGCCACAGGCUGCUCGGCUGUGCCAGCCUCUCUGGUGUGCUUUCAGCCCAGGGACGUCCCGUCAGAGCCUGCCUCACCAUGUAACUUAUUUAUUACCCUGAUGUGCUGUGCAGAACGGUAAGCGUUAACCCCCACCCCCCUUCUUUUUAAAAGAGGAAAUAAAAAGUUUUGGUGCUUCA